AUAUUUUCUUUUAUUCAAAUUCUGAUUAUUAUUUUUUUUCGUAAUUUUAGAAAGCAGUACAAUAAGUGAAGACUUGGACUUAACAGAAGAGAUCGAAGAAAUGUUGCCUUUCAAAACUAUCAACGAAUUAGAAGAAUUCGACAAAAGACUGGCAGACGUGGAAACUUUCAGACAAACGACAAUGUACAUGAAAAAUAUUGGCGGUCCCAACCAAAUGGAGCAUGUUCAAAAAAUUUUGCAAAAAUUCUUAUCAGACGAGGUGGCAUUCCAUUACAACGUCGGAGGGAAACUUUUGAAAAAAACGGAUUCUCGCAAAAGAAAGCGUUCAUUUAAAAACACAAAGUUAUUUGACUGUAUCAUUGCUGGAACUAAAGCUGAACAUACAAUAGUUGAGAAUAGGCUAAAGUUCAAAAUUGGGAAGUGGCUUGCUGGAGCAAAUUUGCGUCUUAUUCUUCAGAGAAAACGGAGAGCCCGAGAGAUCCUAUAGUAUAUUAAACUAUUUUAAGUAGUUAACUAAGAGGGUUUCCCAAAAGUCGCGCACCACCUUAUGAUCUACAGACCCCAGGAAUCCUAUUUUUUUUUAAUGUUACCUUUAUUAUUUUUAAUAUACAUUUUUCAAAUGGCAAGAUUGCCUGAUAGGAAGUAUCAGUGGUGUGAUUUAAAUAGAUAAUAAUCAAUUAACCAAUUAAUUGUUGUGAUAAUUAGUUGUUGGGACAUUAUAUUGUUAAAGUAAAGUAAAAUGUGUUUUCCCAUAAGAUGAAAUAUUAAUUCGUUAUGAUCAUUGUUUAAACAUUAUGUACAUUAGGCCAAAUCAAUAAUAAUAAUAAUAAUAUUAAUAGGAC